AUGGUCGCAGCUGAUGUGGUCAGCCUCACCAAGGCGGUCGCUGGUGUUCAGCUGCACUCGCAGCCCGAGGCUCGGAGAACUGACAAGCAGGAAGUCAAGCCACGCACUACUUCCGAUCAACCUGCUAUCGACGUGGAAUCAAGUGGCGGCUCACAGACCGAAGUGGUAGUCAGUGGCAGGAAGGAGAAAGGACUACAGAUUUCUUCGACAGUGGACGAACUUUCGCCACCAUCUUCACCUCCAUGUGAUCGCGACACCCGCUUCGAAUUCCUCCCACGCCGUCCAGAUGGACCAUGCCCUGUAACGAUAACGGACAGCGAGCCCAACAACGCCUUUUGCUUCGCACUCACCUUUAUCAACUGCAGCUUCAGCGGCGACCGGCCAUUGAGAUUUGAGAACUGCAUCGUCGAAUGUGUUACAUUCACAGAUUGCCACUUCGAAGAGACGCGAUUUGUCAAUUCAGUACUCGUCGACAUGACAGUGGCCAACGUCGUCUUCUGCGACUCGUGGUGGACGAACCGCCGUUUCACCCAAAACUUCAUUACAAUUGGUCGGGAUCAGGACGACACUAUCAUGUUUGAGGGCAAGCGCGAGGGCUUGAACGAUCGCAUUCCCGCCGAGCUUCGUGAUUCGAAUUACAAGGAAGACCGGUGCGGCACACAGCAGCAGGGUGAUUCAAAGUACCCGCACCUGACGAAGUGGUGGGAGAACAUCGCAAACGUGAUGAAAGACGUCGAUGAGAAACGCACAAGUGGCCAAACAUGGUGA